AUGCACUGCGGGAACGUGAUGAAGCCGUCGCUGAAGGACAACAGCGGCAGCCACGGUUCGCCCACCAGCGGGAUGCUGCACGGCAUCUUCUUCAGCUGCAACACCGAGUUCAACACCGGGCAGCCCCCGCAGGACUCGCCCUACGGUCGUUACCGUUUCCAGAUCCCGGCCCAGCGCCUCUUCAACCCCAACACCAACCUCUACUUCGCGGACUUCUACUGCAUGUACACCGCCUACCACUACGUCGUCCUGGUCCUGGCACCCAAGGGUUCCUCGGGGGACCUCUUCUGCCGGGAGCGUCUACCCCAACUGGACAUUUCCUCCAACAAGUUCCUGACGUGCUGCGUGGAGGAGGGCGAGCUGGUGUACCGCCAU